AUGGCAUCCAUCAAGGACAAUAAUAAUGGCAACCCAACCACAUCGCACAUAGACAUUGUGAAAAUUGUUGUAAUUGGCGAACCAAGAUGUGGAAAAACAAGCUUUAUCCGCGCAUUUUAUGAUCACAAUGAUCCAGGGGAUAUAUAUUCUGACAAUUGUGUUACAGUGUACCCAUGCGAAUUCGUGAUUAAAAACGAACACAGAAGAGCUGCAAUAUUUGAAAUUCCAAGUGAUAUGAACUUUCCUAAAGAACAAAGAAUGCCACAUUAUGAGAAUGCGAAUGUUAUCGUGUUUAUGUAUGCGAUUGACGCUUCAGCGAGUCUCGAAAUGUUAUAUGAAAAGUGGCUGCCAGAAGCAGCUGAUAUUAUCAAAUCGAACGUAAUACCUGUCGCCCUGGUGGGAACCAAGAAAGAUCUCCAAGAAGACCAACAAGUAAUUGAACGUCUAUCUCUUCAGAAUAAAAAACCUGUUUCAUAUUGGGAAGGUAGGGAAUUUUAUGGAAAACUCCGUAGUUCCUUCAAUGGAGUUGUUUUCAUGGAAUGUUCAGGUAAUGAUUUUGAGGAAGUUCAUGAUGUAUUCGAUCUCAUUUUCGAAUACUCUCUGAAUGGAGAAUGA